AUGGCCGACACAAAAGACAAGACAGAAAUGACGGAGGGCAUCCCUCUCCGGGACGCUGGCGAUGCCGACACACCACCGACCAAGACAGAGACGAAGACGUCUCCCCUCAACGCUGCCUUUGAGAAGCUGGUCCGCGACACGCUCGACCGAUGCCACAUCCCGGGCGUCGCCGUGGCAGUUGUGGACGGCGACGACACGUGGACGGCGGGCUACGGCAUGGCCGCGCUGCCCGACGUGCCCGUCCGCCCGUCGACGCUGUUUUUUGCCGGCAGCACGACCAAAUCGUUUACAGCGGCGGCGGCUUCGCUGCUCGUCGACGACGACACGACAGAGGCGCUGGCGCGCGUGCAGUGGACGACGCCGCUGAGCGAGCUGAUCCGCGACGACUUCGUGCUGGCCGACGCGUACUGCACGGCCCACGUGACGCUGGAGGACGCGCUGUCGCACCGGACGGGGCUGGCGACGCACCAGCUGACGAUUGGUCGGCUGGCCACGGCGUCGCCGACAACAGCGAUCCGCGACUACGUGCGGUCGCUGCGGCACUGCGCCAUGACCAAGCCGAUCCGGACGGCGUGGCAGUACUGCAACGGCAUGUUCAUUGCGGUGGGGCACAUGAUGGAAGUGGUGACGGGCCAGACGCUGGGCGCGUUUAUGAAGGAGCGCCUCUGGACGCCGCUGGGCAUGACGUCGACGUUUUGGACGCUGGCCGAGGCGCAGGCGUUUGUGGCGGAGGGCAGCACUGGCGGCACUGGCGGCACCGAUGGUACCAAUGGCAGCAGGGCGAGGGCGACGCUGGCGGUGCCGUACGCCUGGGACGAAGCGGCCGGCCAGCACCGCGCCGUCCCCUACUUUGACGGCGUGCUGGGCGGCGCCGGCGCCAUCAUUUCGACCGUCGAGGACUACGCCGCGUACCUGCGCUGCAUCCUGCGCAAGGCGGCGCCCCUGUCGGCGGCCGGCCACGCGGCGCUGCGGCAGCCGCGCGCCUUUUGCCCGCCGGGCGUGCAGCCGCAGCUCACCCAGCCCAUGACGUACUCGCUCGGCUGGAUGCUCUCGACGUACCGCGACGACGACGUGAUGCUGCACCCGGGCGGCGUCGAGGGCAUGACGGCCACCAUGGUGUGCGUCCCCGCGCGCGACUGGGCCGUCGUCGUGUUUGCCAACGCCGACAGCCCCGGGCGCGAGGCCAUUGCGUGGCACCUCGUGGACGAGAGGCUGGGCGUGCCGGCGGCCGCGCGACUCGACGUGCACAAGGACGCGCAGGCGAAGCGGGCGUGGCGCGAGGCGCGCAACGCAGGCGCGCGCGCGCGCCUGUACCCGAGCGUCCCCGACCCGCCGCGGCCCUUGUCGCUGCCGCGGCUGCACGACUACGCCGGCGUCUACACCCACCCGGCGUGUCCGGACGUCGUCGUCAGCGUGGACACGGACAAGGGCAAGGACAACGACAAGGCGACGCCCCGUCUGCGCGCCGACGUGACCGGCGCCCUCCCCGUGCGCUUGCUGCUGGACCACGUCACGGCCGACUACUUUGUCGCGGGCAUGUACCUUUUCCGGCACGCCACGGUCCCCGACGCCAUGGUCAAGGCCGAGUUCCAGCUGGACGCGAGCGGCCGGGCCAAACGGUUCGGCGCGGCCGUCGACCUGUUCAGCCCGACUGGUGAUCUGCUGUGGUUUGAGAAGCAGGAGACGACGUGA